ACGUUCCAGCCGCGACUACUGGUGGAGAAGGAGUCACGUGCGCUAUGCAAAUGAGCCAGCUGUCCGAGAGGAAGGAUCUGCUCAGCGGCUCUGCGGGCUGAAGAUGGCGGACGGAGAGAACAGUCUCGGAACGGCCUUUUCAGGCGCCUCCGACAUGGAAGAACCUGCCGCGAAAAGAUCGAAAAUCAGUCCGGUGACUAACUACGGUUUCAAAGUCGCAAAAGCAGAUAAAUUCUCAUGCGUCUCUGGGGCUACGGAGAGCUGGGAGGCGGCGGGGAAUUGUGCGCAGCCAGCGGAGAAGGAAGCAAAGCCGGUGAUGGCGGUAGAGCAGGCCCCAGCGGCGCAAGGCGGAGACAACAAUGGACUGGGGUUGCUGGUCUCCGAGCCGCACAAACCAGUUGUGAAACUAGACGAUAGCGCUGUACUUGGGACAACUGAGGAGGGUGCUGAUUUUCUUAGACAUGACGAUCUCCCCUCCAACGGUCUGGCUGUCACACCGGACCACAUGAAUGACGAAGAUGACAGAUCCUCACAUGCAAGCUCCAGCGACUGGACUCCUCAACCGCAAAUAGGUUCCUACAGUUUCAUCCAGCAACACAUCAGAGAGACCGAUCCAAGGACCAUUCUGAGGGAUUUGCUGCCUGAGACUGUACUCCCACCAGAUUUAGAUGACAUGACAUUGUGGCAGAUCAUCAUCAACAUCUCAGAACCUCCAAAAAGAAAGAAGCGGAAGGAUAUCAACACCUUAGAAGAUGUGGUCAGGCUACUCCAUGAAAGUAAAAGGAUCCUUGUGUUGACUGGUGCUGGGGUGUCAGUUUCAUGUGGAAUACCAGACUUUCGUUCCAGAGAUGGAAUUUAUGCACGGCUUGCUGUAGAUUUUCCCGAUCUUCCAGACCCUCAAGCUAUGUUUGACAUUGAAUACUUCAGACGGGACCCAAGACCCUUUUUCAAGUUUGCUAAGGAGAUCUACCCUGGUCAGUUCCAGCCUUCACCCUGUCACAAAUUCAUAUCUAUGCUGGAUAAGCAGAGGAAGCUGCUGCGCAAUUACACACAAAACAUUGAUACAUUAGAACAAGUGGCUGGAGUCCAGCGGAUUAUCCAGUGUCAUGGGUCGUUUGCAACUGCAUCCUGUCUCGUCUGUAAACACAAAGAGGAUUGUGAGGCUAUAAGGGAAGACAUCUUUAACCAGGUUGUCCCUCAUUGUCCACGGUGUCCAGAUAUUCCCCUGGCAAUCAUGAAACCUGACAUUGUCUUCUUUGGAGAGAAUCUUCCAGAAAUGUUCCACAGAGCUAUGAAGCAGGAUAAAGAUGAGGUGGACCUCUUGAUUGUCAUUGGCUCUUCACUUAAAGUCCGACCAGUUGCCCUCAUCCCAAACUCCAUUCCUCAUGAAGUGCCUCAGGUCCUGAUCAAUAGGGAGCAGCUGCCUCACCUCAACUUUGAUGUGGAGCUACUUGGGGACUGUGAUGUCAUUGUCAACGAGCUCUGUCAUCGCUUGGGUGGAGAUUUUGAGCAGCUCUGCUACAACACUGUAAAACUCACUGAGAUCACAGAGAAACCCCCUCGGUUACCAGAACAGCCACCAAGCGAGGCCUUGCCUGCUUCCAGCGAUGCAAUUCAGGAGAAGCAGCACAGUACAGACUCAGUAACUAAGCCUUCAGAGGAGACAGAAAGUCCGAAUGUCACAGAGACUGCUGGUAAUAAUGUUACACCUCCAGAGCCUUGUCCAAAUGCUCAGUGUCCCAGUGAAGAGACGGCUGAGCCUUCAGAGUUAUCAGCAGAAGAUACACCAAAAGAGGAGGCCUCUGAAGUAAAGAGCCAAACCUCCAACCUUGAAUUUCGUAGACGAUGCUGGAUGAGUCGAAUCAACAGAAGUCCAAUCAGCAAACGCCUUGAGACAGGCCAGUACCUGUUUCAAGCACCAAAUCACUAUAUCUUCCAUGGGGCGGAGGUUUACUCUGACUCUGAAGAUGAGACGUCGAGCUCCUGUGGGAGUGACAGUGAUGAGUCUGAAUGCAGUGCAGAUGGGGUAGAAGAAGACAGCGAGCCGGAGGAAGCCGGCACGCUAGCAGCGGAUGAAGAGACAUGCCUCAGAGACACAAUACAACACACUUUAGCCAAUGAAGCCACAUCGAGUGUGCAGACAGACAAUACUUCUGAAAAGACUCAGAGCACCACACACCUUUAAAUGUAAAGUACCCAGUCGACAAAGCACUAAUUGUCUUUUUUUAUAUAUAUAUAUAUAUAUAUGUUUCGUAUAUUUUUGACUCAUCAACCUUACUAUUAUUUUUCAUAAAGAUGAAAUUGCGUGACAACUUUGUGUGAAUAUGCAGGAAGUAUUUUUUUCCUUGUUUUUCUUUUUUUCUUUCUAUGCCCAGUUUGGUCACAUGCAUUGUGUCUGAAACCUCAUACUGUAUACUACUUACUAAAUAGAAUGCAGUAGUUGUUUUUUCUUUUUUAGGAUGUCUUUCCAUGUGCUUCUCUCAUUUUGCAUUCACAUUUUCAGAAAUGCAGCUGAAGCUCUCAUCUACUGCAGCGUACCAUGAAUGCAACACUAGAUUAAGCUUUAAUUCCUUAAUUGCAGUCAUUUUAAGCAAAGACAUCAAAUGUCUCGGUCCAUAGUGUCAUGUCAGCUGUGGUCUAAUGAUGUGUUUUAGAGUUGGUUCAUGUUACCAUUGGGAAACGUAAAUAUGUAAGCCUACUGCCUGCUAAAUAGUGGGUACUAUGAGUUUCAGACACAUACAUAUGUCUUCAGAUGGUUUACUUGAACACACUGUCUAACUUGCAAUAUAAAAAACUCAGCUCUGCCCUUUCAUGGGGGUAAAUGCUAGAAAAACAGUACUCUUUAAUUUUAGACCAAAGAACACUUUAUCAACACGCUCCUACGUUGUCAUAAGCUUUGUAUGUUUAACCUGUCAUUUCAAUCUUGGAAAAAAUACAACAAUUGACAAGGUGUUCCUUCUGACAUGUGGCAGCUACUUUUUACGGUCAAGCCUCAUAUUUUUAUACUUCGAUGUGAGACAUACUCAUCAAAGAGUAGAUGAUAGUUUUUAUCUGUACAAAGUUAUACUAAGUUGUAAUAUUAAGUCUUAGGAAUAUAUUCAGUGAAUUUACAUUGACAAAUGGCACUUUUUUCCCUAUAUAUAAAACAGGUUUUGUUGCCCAUGUCACUUUUCAUAGAAUAUAAAGCAAUUUCUUUUAUUAUACAGAGGAGUCUGGUGCCUGUAAAGAUUAAGUGUUGGUAGAUAGACAUAUUUGAGCCAAUGUAACGGAUAAAUGUCUACACCAACAUAAUUCACAUACCAUUUACAAGGUAAUGUUUUGUUUACUGUUUAAGAAAUAAGAUUUUUUUUUACAUCAUAUUAGUUGUUAUUUCUUCUGGGGUUCUCAGUAAAAAAACCAAAAAAAAAAAACCAA